AUGUCUCAAUCCGAUUCUCAACAUCAAGGACCUACUGAUCCUGACGCCACUUGCCGCGGCAUUGCAUACAAAGACCUUUCCCCAGAACAACAAGAAAUGAGCGAUAUUCUAUAUAACAUGGAGCGCCAAGACCCAGACCUCUUGGGCAUCGCAGACCUUGGCCGUGACGGAGUUUUCCGCUUUCUUGAUGCUGAUCGCAACAUCCACUAUGCAAUUGCUUUAAGACCUGCAUUGAUAAAAGCUCUUCUCGACCGCUCCCCCUAUGAUGAGGAGGAAGAGAAGUCCUGGCGUGGAGUUGAUGGGACAAAAGUUCCUCAAGAACAGUGGUAUAAUCCACCCCCGGGUGUGCUUCCCCCACCACUAUCGGAGGAGCAUCGGAGGGAGGGUCGAAUACUUAACGAGAAGUAUAAAGAGAAGUUCGAUAAGAUUCGUGAGGAUUCUAAGAAUUACAAGGAACGUCUUGUCUUUGUAGAGUCAGAUCAUAAGCUUGAAUAA